AGAAGAAGAACUUUUUUCUGCGUUUGAUGGCAAACCACGCAAGCGAAGGGCGGCGGAGUGGUCUCCGGCGCCGGAAUCUUCCUUCACCGGCGAGAACGAACCGGCCGUCGCAUUUUUUCAGGAUAAUAUUCCCCUCUUCCAUUCGGGACAAAAAGCUGGAGAUGCCCAAAAAUUUUGUUAUGAUGUUUGGCCAAGAAUUAUCUUCCAAUGCUUUAAUAACUGUGCCAAAUGGUGGUGUUUGGCAAGUGGGGUUGGAGAAAGCCAAUGGCCAAAUAUGGUUUUGUGAUGGUUGGAGCAAGUUUAUUGAUUAUUACUCCAUAGAUUGUGGCUUCUUGUUGGUCUUCAGAUAUGGGGGACAUUCCACCUUUCAAGUUCUUAUUUUUGACACAACUACUUCUGAGAUCCAAUAUCCACAUGAUGAUGGAAUGGAUCUUGGAGAUGCAGUUCAAAUAUCUGGUGAUUCUGUGGCUCCAAUCUCUUCUUCUUGUGGCUAUUCCGAUCGACACAUCGAGGAUGGAAGUUCGUAUCGGGAACAUGCUCCAAAGAAAACUUCUUGUAGUUCGAGGCUUGAGAAUGAUGUGUCUGAAAAUUCAUUGGAGUCAUAUGAUGUAGGAACUCGAAAGAAAUCGAAAAGAAAGUUGGAAAUUCUUAGCUGUGGGAUCAAGAGAAAGAGCAAAAGGUGUAAAGUUGAGGAGCAUGACAAGGUGGAAGAUUUUGAUGUGAAGAAAAAUGAUUCGAGACAAAAGCUGCCUUCUCAAACCCGAAUCAAAACAUCCGAUGGACAGGAGAUGGCGAUACGUGCAGCCACCAAGAAGCUCAAGACCAAGAAUCCUUCAUUCAUGGUGAUCAUGCAGAAGAGAAACAUAGAGAAAACUUAUGUGUACAUUCCUUCCAGUUUUUCCAACAAGUAUUUGAGUAGCAAGGACGAAAUCAUCGAACUUCAGGCCGGUUUCGAGGGGCGAAAAUGGGAGAUUUACUGCUACGGUACGGGAAGGACGUCGAAGAGAAUGGGAAGAGGAUGGAGGGAGUUUUCAAGGGAAAACAAUCUGAGAGCUGGAGAUGUGAUUGUGUUUGAGCUUGUUGAGAGGAGCAGGAUCAAUGUGCUGGAUUUUACUGUGUUUUCUUCAGCUGAAAAAUGA